UCGUCGUCGUCGUCGUUUCAUUCAAGUGUCCAACGUUUGCCGGAGCGGUCGCACACAGAACGGUAGUCGGACGGUUGGCUGUUUUUGCGCUCGCUCUCUCGUUUGCCCGCUCUUUCAGUCGCUCGCUCUCUCUCUCUCUCACUGUGUACUGUUAGCAAAAGGCUCCAACAAUAAAAGCACAAGGAGCCUAAGACCGCUUGCCAAGCACCGUUAUUAGCAUGAAGGAUGUGAAAGUGGCGCGCGCAAUCAGCGAAUCCUCGACUACGUCAGAUAACACCUCCGAUUUCAUUGAGAUCGUCAAGAAAUAUGAUGUCGUUUACAACAAUCACAAUCCGGAUUACAAGAACGUCGAAGUCAAGCUGAAGGUUUGGACACAAAUCGCCGAUGAGAUAGGUCUUUCAGUAGAGGCCUCCAAGCGGAAAUGGAAAAAUUUGAGGGACAGCUACACAAAAUAUCUCCGGUCUUUUCGUGUAGGCACCAAAACGUCCAAGAAGUACCAGUACUGGGCGCAUGCCGACCACAUGGAUUUCCUUAAACCAUUUCAGGGACCGGGCAGAAACUCCGCCAAUGGCAAUGGCAAAUCCAACGAUGAGGACGAUACGGAGUGCGAUUUUGGCUACCAAGUUUUGGCCAAGGCGGCCAGCAAUGGUGGAGAGGAUGAGCUGAAGAUCAGCAUUGCCACCGCCUCAGCGGGUUGCUCAUCCAUAGGAACGCACACGGUUAACACGUACACGACCGCACUGAGCAGCACUUCGGCCACCGCACCAACCUCUAGCCUGGGCGUGGCCACGCCCCCGAAUAUGAUCUCACCAGGCAGCAAUUUGGGCGGUGGAGGAACAGGAGGAGGAGGUGGUACCGGAGCUGUAGGACCGCAAAUCCACAAUAGCAAUAGCAACGGCAGCGCCACCGGCAGUCUAAACUGCGCUGCAGUAGCUCCGAUUAGUUCGAUGACCCCACCGGCCACCAGUGGCUCCAAUUCCGCCGUGGUUCUGCCGCUGCCCAUCUCCCCCGUUAGUAAGGCCAAUGCUAAUGCCCUGGCUUCGUUGGCCAAUCACCUGCCCAUGGGUUUGGGUGUGAGUGGGUUGGCCCAGCAGAUGUUUCCGCUUGCCACGCUCAAGGCGGCGGCAGUAGCCGCUGGACUCCCACUUCCGCCCACCAUUACCCCUCCGGGAUGCAGCUCCUCGAGUGGAGCAAGCAGUAAUGUUGGCUGCCUAAUCAUCGAACCGCAUCUUUUUGCGGCUGCGGAUAACUUCAAGAAGGAACUGACAGCCGCUGCGGCAGCGGGCGCUCCUCUGGGACUGUUCCAGAACCUGGCCAACCAGGUGCAGAAUGCCAGUCGCAUGAAUGGCAGCUGUCCGGGAGUCAGUCUACCCGUGGGCAAUCCAACUCCGACACCGCCCCCUCCAGCGCCGCCAGCAUCCAAGGUGCGAAGGGUGCAGCCAUCGCCACAAACCGCGGCCAUUAAUCUCAGCUGCUCCGGAGCGGCAAACUUGGUACAAACGCAGCCACAGCCGCCGAUGCAGAUGCCACAAAUCCAACAGCAACAGCAGACGUCGCCCGCCAAAACGCGCAAGAUCUGCGAUCCGCGUUUCCCCAGUGAUUGGGACGUGUCGGCCGUGCUGCAGGCGAAUCGGGAGCUGGACGCCAACACACUGUUCUUUUUGAGCCUGGCGCGCCAGGUGCGUGCUAUGCCCAUGAAGUUCCAGUCGCUGGCCAAGAUGCGCUGCAUGCGAAUUGUCAGCGAUUUGGAACUGGAACUGGAGAACUUUGACUGCAAUGGAGGUGCACCACCGCCAGACGUCGGGGGAGGUGGGGCCGGGAAUCUCAAAUACUGCAGCAUAGAUACUCCGCCACCGCCACCGGAUGGCUCUGUGGUCAUACUCCCGCCUCCAGUUGGUCCCGAGGGCUCCACGGAGCAUUUUGUGUAUGUGAUGUCGCCGUCGCGCGUGGAGAGCAUGAUCGACAUCUCCUCUGACGAGGAGGCGACCAUGAAUGGAGUGUCCUCCGCCGGUCAGGUUUAAGCGUAUUCGUACAAGUUGUCUCUAAAUUAAACUUAAAUUAAUCUCAAAUA